AUGGCCUUCCGAGAGCGUAUAAUGAGUGCCCUUCCGAAGAAGUGGUUCCAUAUCGACCGAAGCAAAGGAACAUACUUCAUCAUCGACAGUGAGAGCAUGCAAGACGCCGAGAGAAAGCAGCAGCAGCAGCAAGACAGACAAUGGAAGAUUUCUGCGUGGAGAUUGUCGAAACUUCUUUUCAUUGUCGCAGCUUAUCUACGUAAUCAACCCAAUCUUAUCGUGGAAUGGCAAGGAGACGAUAGAUUCUCUACAAAUUCACCCGAAGCUGAUGCUGCGUGGAAUGAGCUCAUGCCAACCGGCCUAGGCCACAUCAAAUUCACAAACGAAGAAGCCCAAAGCUACGGUCUCGGUCGUGGAAAACACAUCUCUAGCCAAAAGGGCUACUCAGUCUAUGCAAUUUCCGGCUUCCAUCAACUCCACUGUCUCGCCAUGUUACGAACAGCAUUGUACCGUCUUCUCCUCGACCCAGGAAUCGCCCCUCAAAUGUCGCAAUUCCCCAACGAAUUCAAUCUUACUAAACAUCUCGAGCAUUGCUUUGAUUAUAUCCGACAAGGCAUCAUGUGCGCUGCUGACCCCACGAUUGAAAGCGUGCAUCACCACGCUGAGGAUGUCGCUCAGGAUAAUGGUUGGGGCAAUACGCAUAUGUGUAGGUCGUGGGAUGCGUUGAAAGCUUUUACGGAAUCGAAGAGGGCGACUGAUCUUUCGGGCCUUUCGUUGGAUCAUUAUUUUGAUCAACUCCAGCCCGGUCAUGAGAGAUUUUCUGGUCUGGGAUGA